GGGCUCCUGCCCGCUGCGCUGCCAAUCCUCCCGCGCCGCUCGGCGCUCGCUAGGGAUCUGCCCCAGCCUCACCUUUCGCGCUUGUCCUGCCGCUUGGCUUAACCCGUCUUUCCUAUGGCUGGGAUAUACAGCUCGACUCUGAAGACCCUGGAGGAUUUAACUUUGGACUCUGGUUAUGGGGCAGGAGAUUCCUGCAGGUCCCUUAGUCUCUCUUCUUCCAAGUCCAACUCGCAAGCCUUCACCUCUUCUCAGCACAGAGGCAACUGGUGGUACUACUCGGGCUCCAUGAACAGUAGGAAUAACAGCUGGGACACCGUGAACACCGUGCUGCCGGAAGACCCCGAGGUCGCAGAUAUCUUCUCCAAGUGCCCUAAGCUGCCGGAUCUCGAGGAAUACCCGUGGACCGAUGAGGACAUCGGCAGAAUCCUGCGCAAAGGGAAGGGAGAGGGCCCGGGCAGGAGCUUUUCGCAGGAGGCUGUCCGGCGGCUCUCGCAGCUGCUGCGGCGCGCCCUGAUCCGCGUGUCCCGGGAGGCGCAGCGUCUCAGCGUGAUGCACUCCAAGUGCACCCGAUUCGAGGUGCAGAGCGCCGUCAAACUCAUCCAGAGCUGGGCCCUGGCCGAGAGCUGCGUGCUGGCCACUGUCAAGGCGCUCUCCCUGUACAGCAUGAGCGCCGGCGAUGGGCUGAGGAAAGGCAAAUCCGCCCGCUGCGGCCUCACCUUCUCGGUGGGCAGGUUCUUCAGGUGGAUGGUGGACACGAGGAUCUCGGUGAGGAUCCACGAGUACGCGGCCAUCUCCUUAACCGCGUGCAUGGAGAACCUGGUGGAAGAGAUCAGGGCUAGGGUUUUGGCGAGUCAGAGCCCCGAUGGUGGAGGGGAGAUCUCGGCUGAAAUCCUGGAGAUGGUUAUCAACAACGAUGCGGAACUUUGGGGAGUGUUGCAACCUUACGAGCACCUCAUCUGUGGGAAAAACGCUAAUGGUGUGCUGUCCCUCCCUGCCUACUUCAGCCCCUACCACGACGGCUCGGUGUGCAGCGAUGGACGGGCUGACGCCUACGCGCAGCUGGAGCUGCGGACCCUGGAGCAAUCCCUGCUGGCCACCUGCGUCGGGAGCAUCUCGGAGCUGAGUGAUUUGGUCUCACGAGCCAUGCACCACAUGCAGUGCCUGAACACCAUCCGGCCUGGCAUGAGCCCUGUGCGGCAAACCCGGCAGCAGCAGCCCAUCUCCUGGUCCCCUGAUGCCCUCCACACCCUCUACUACUUCCUACGCUGUCCCCAGAUGGAGUCCAUGGAGAAUCCCAACCUGGACCCCCCGAGGAUGACGCUGAGCAAUGAGCGCCCCUUCAUGCUGCUGCCGCCGCUGAUGGAGUGGAUGCGGGUGGCCAUCACCUACGCCGAGCACCGCCGCAGCCUCACCGUGGACAGCGAUGACAUCAGGCAGACAGCCAGGCUGCUCCUCCCGGGGCUGGACUGCGAGCCUCGCCAGCUCAAACCUGAAUGCUGCUUCAGUUCCUUCCGGAGACUGGAUGCUAAAGCUGCUACUGAGAAAUUCCAGCAGGAUCUGGGCUUCCGGAUGCUGAACUGUGGGAGGACGGAUCUGAUCAACCAAGCCAUCGAUGCACUGGGCCCCGACGGGGUGAACACCAUGGAUGAUCAGGGUAUGACCCCCCUCAUGUACGCCUGUGCUGCUGGAGAUGAAGCCAUGGUCCAGAUGCUUAUAGAUGCUGGAGCAAAUUUAGAUAUACCAGUGCCCAGUGCCUCCCCACGACACCCCUCGGUGCAUCCCGACAGCCGCCACUGGACUGCGCUCACCUUCGCCGUGUUACACGGCCACAUCUCCGUGGUCCAGCUGCUCCUGGAUGCUGGUGCCCACGUGGAGGGCUCUGCUGUGAACACUGGGGAGGACAACUAUGCUGAGACCCCCCUCCAGCUGGCCUCAGCUGCAGGGAAUUACGAGCUGGUCAGCUUGCUGCUCAGCAGGGGUGCUGAUCCACUCCUGAGCAUGCUGGAAGUCAAUGGGAUGUCAUCAUCACUCCACGAGGACAUGAACUGCUUCAGCCACUCGGCAGCACAUGGCCACAGGAACGUCCUGCGCAAGCUGCUGACCCAGCCGCAGCAGGUGAAGGGGGAUGUGCUGUCCCUGGAGGAGAUUUUGGCCGAGGGGGUGGAGAGUGACACGUCCAGCCAGGGCAGCUCCAGCGAGGGGCAGGUGCGGCUGUGCAAGACCCGGAUGAAGGCUCUGCAGGAGGCCAUGUACUACAGCGCCGAGCACGGCUACGUGGACAUCACCAUGGAGCUCAGGGCGCUGGGAGUGCCCUGGAAGCUCCACGUGUGGAUCGAGUCCCUGCGGACAACCUUCUCCCAGUCCCGCUACUCCGUGGUGCAGACCCUGCUGCGGGAGUUUGUCACCAUCAAAGAGGAGGAUUACAACGAGGAGCUGGUCACUGAGGGGCUGCAGCUCAUGUUUGACAUCCUCAAAACCAGCAAAAAUGAUUCCAUCAACCAGCAGCUCGCCUCCAUCUUCACCCACUGCUAUGGCAGCAGCCCCAUUCCCAGCAUUCCUGAAAUCCGAAAGACUCUGCCAGCUCGGCUGGAUCCUCACUUUCUGAACAAUAAAGAAAUGUCUGAUGUAACUUUCUUAGUGGAAGGAAAGCUCUUUUAUGCACACAAAGUCCUGCUGGUUACUGCAUCUAACAGGUUCAAGACACUAAUGAUCAAUAAAACAGAGCACGAUGGCCACGGCAGCAAGACUGUUGAAAUCAGUGAUAUGAAAUACAACAUUUUCAAGAUGCUGAUGCAGUAUUUAUACUAUGGAGGGACAGAAUCCAUGGAAAUUCCCACCACUGAUAUCUUAGAGCUGCUGUCGGCUGCCAGCCUGUUCCAGCUGGACGGCCUCCAGAGACACUGUGAAAUCCUCUGUGCCCAGACCAUCAGCAUGGACAACUCUGUCAACAUCUAUAAAUAUGCAAAGAUUCACAACGCACCAGAACUGGCCUCUUUCUGCGAGGGUUUCUUCCUCAAGCACAUGAGCUCCCUGCUGGAGCAGGACUCGUUCAAGCAGCUCAUCUACGGCAGGAACAGCAAAGUGCAGGGCCUGGACCCUCUGCGGGACCUGCAGGCCGCGCUGGCCGGCCGCCUGCACUCCGUGUACGUCACGUCCCGGGUGUGA